AUGGAGUCCACAGACCCUGAGCACUACCAAGUCGCCUUGGUCUUACCUGUGAAAGGCGACUACGAGACAGCUGUCAAACUUCUCGAUGUGUGCUUCACACAACGUUCUCUUGAUUCCUCCGGUGCCGAGUAUUCUCUUGGCAAAGCUGGAUCUCACCACCUCGUGCUAGUUACUGGGCUCAGCAAUAUCAGUGCUGCAGAGUCUGUGGCAAGAGUGGUUCCAGACUUGAUCAAGGAGUAUUCCUUCAUUCGGGCUUGCUUCUUGGCUGGGGUCGGCGCCAUAGCACCGAGCGGUGGACUGGCACAAGCCGGUGACAUCGUGGUGGGAAUGCCUCAGGGGUAUGAAUCUGGGCUUGUGCAGUUUGACGCCGACAAGUCUCGACAUGACAAACGUCUUCAUGUCACAGGUCACUGGCGAAAGCCACCGUCCUUCGUGAACCCAGCCGUUGAUGAAACGUUGUCUACUCAAGGUCGCGAUGAGUGGCACAUGAACGUGGGCCCCUCAAAUGAGACCGCCGGCACCCAGGGUUCUCCGUCACGAUUCAACAUGAUACAAGGAGCGCCCAAAGUACUCAAAGGGAGGGUCGGGUCCUCGAGCACAGCACUGGGCGACCCAGAGCUCCUCCAGAGACUGGCGAGCGAUAGCGGCAUCCUGUGUUUUGAGACAGCGGCCGCCAACCUACAAACGCGACUACCUUUGGUUGUCGUGUGCGGUAUAAGCCAAGGAGACCCCUCUCUUCCACAACAAGAGAAUGCCAGCAAACUUGCUACCACCUACGCAAUGUUUCUAGCUCGUCAUCUCAACCGCUCUGAACUAGCCAAGGGGGUUAGACUCGGCCAUCUCUUCAUCCACCAACCUUUCAGCUUGGGGGGUUCUACCAUUCGUCUGCUACGGCUUCACGGCGGAACUGAGUAUCCUAUCCAAUGUAGCAUGUUCGAGGCCUGCCUGAAAGAUCAAGGUUGCCCCAUGGACUACGAGGCACUUUCUUACGCAUGGGAAAGUGACGACAAAUGCGACAUGAUCAAUGUGAACGGUCGAGUCCUGCACAUCACGCGAAGCCUCCAUGGCGCACUCCAGCACCUUCGUCACAGAAAGAAUGACAGGAUACUCUGGGCAGAUGCUGUUUGCAUCGACCAGAACAAUAUCAUGGAGCGGGGUCAUCAGGUCGCACAGAUGGGUAGUAUCUACAAAAAGGCUAGCAACGUCAUUGUCUGGCUGGGUUCAGUCGACAAGGACGUUGGUCUGUUGAUAUCAGCUCUCAGAAGCCUUCAACUGAAAGUUUCUCCGCAGCCAUUCAAGCAAUGGCAGCUCAGAGACGACCGUUGGAGAGAUGCAUGGGAGGAACUCCAUGGCGGAGACAUCUCUGGAGGGUCGUUUCAUCUCCAACUUAGCAAUGGACUCGACAUGUUGACGAGAAAGCCUUGGUUCACAAGAGUGUGGAUCAUCCAAGAGGUGGCGAAUGCAAAAAGUGCCCAGAUACAAUGCAGCGCUGGAAGCAUCGAGGCCAUGUUCCUCGCCCUCGCCCCGUGGCUUCUGGGGCAGAGCAUUGGCGAGCAGCCUCAAGCCGUCUUCGACAUCUUUCCUGGCCUACCAAGAAAAUGGUCUUGGUGGGCGGAGGAACGGACUCUUUGGGCCUUGCUAUCGAGGUUUCGGAAAUGUCAGGCCACAGACCCUCGGGAUCGGGUGUAUGCACUUCUUGGAAUCACGUCGGACAUGGCAAAUGAUGCAAUCGAUCCCGACUACAGCAAAAGCGAACACCAAGUGCUAAGAGACACGUGUAACUACCUCUUCGGUGAGGAACAGUUUGCCGAGUUAUCUGGACUUCAACGCACCGAGCAGCUACAGAGAGAGCUUUCUACGUGGGCAGGGGCAUUCUUGGAACAAAAGAUGAUGCGGAGGGUGAAGCCUGAAGACCUUGAGCACUUCUUGGAACGUCAAGGGCGAGUUGAAUGGACUGAGAAGAUUGUCCAGCUUGCCAGUUUUGACCUGGGUCACUCGACUUUGACUUUGCUCUUGACGAAAUUUGAGACUCCGCUGCCUAUCACCGUCAAGCUGUUUAGAGAAGCUCUCAAGAUAGGGCCCGAUGCCUUAGAUCUUCUCUUUACUAAGUGUAUGAUUCCACCCAGGCUUGCCAACGGCAUGAUCGAGCUCAUGUUUCUUUUCCCAGUUCAAGUUGCGGAGCGCCUCUACCUCGGGAGAUGGAAACAUGAAUACGAGAUUUCCGAGUCAAUGACCAUGAAGAUAUUCAGAGGUGGAACCCCCCUCGUGGAUGUGUUUCUCCGGAGCGAAACAAGCAAACUACAGAUCACCGAAGCCGUCUUGAGACAAGCAAGUUUUAUGCCAGAUGUUUAUCUCCGCCUCCUCGAAAGACGCAGCGAGGAGGUCAACGUAUCUGAAGAGGAAGCCAUCCAGGCAAUCAAGGGUGGUCCAGAGACCUUGCGGCGUUGUCUCGACAAGCCUGGAACAAACUUUCAGGUCACCAGAGUCAUCUUCGAAGCCGCAAUGCUUAGUGGAACGGAGGUCGCAGAGAUGCUCUUCAGGAGACGGGAAAGUGAGGCAAAUAUCUGCCAAGAGAUUCAGGAGAUCCAUCAACUUCGCGACGACCUUUGCGAGAUGCUGGAGAGAACACCCCACACAACCAUGUUGAGGGAGGCAUUGGCUCGAUAUGAGGAGCUGGACAGCUCGGGACUCGCUCUUACGGAGACCACAGAUGUUGCUCAGUGGCAGAAAAGCAAUGGUGUGCGUGUGUCGCGGUCGAGAGAAGUUCGUGAUCUGUUUCGAGAGCUCCAAACUGGGAGGAACAUGCUCGACAUCAGUCCGUGCGGGGAAGCUGACGACGAGCCUGGCUUACAGGCGAAACUGAAACCGAAGGAGAUGUUGAUGUUAGGGGUUGAUGUUAGGGAAGAACUGGAGCUGAGAGCAUGGGCUAGACUGGAGAGUCGUUACCGGAUCACAUAG